AUGCUCUGCAACUACAAUCCUUCAGCUAGACCAAGUGUCGAACACGUUGCAAACUCACUUUUCGAUCCAUGCAUUCUUCAAGAAACUCAAAUUUUUCGAUCAUUUCUUCAUCUGGGUAGUUUUAUUUUACGUGUUUGUAUUCGAAUGUCGAAAAUGGCGGCUCCGAAAUCAUCAUCUGGAUCAAACCCAGGUUCUGAUCAGUGUUCUAACCAAGAAAUCAGCAUGAACAAAUCCGAGCCGUUGAUUCCCGGAUUGCCGGACGAGGUUGCCGAGCUCUGCCUGCUCUAUCUUCCCUAUCCGUACCAAGCUUUGGUGCGUUCGGUUUCUGCUUCAUGGAACAGAGCCAUUACAGACCCUAGCUUUGUUCUUCACAAGAAGUCUUUGUCUUUGCCUCUGCCUUAUCUUUUCGUUUUGGCCUUCAACAAAUCAACGGCCAUGAUCCAGUGGCAAGCCCUGGACCCACGAUCUGGCCGUUGGUUUGUUUUGCCUCCCAUGCCGUGUCCCAAGGCCGCUUGCCCGCCGGGGUUUGCAUGCGCUUCCCUGCCACGUGAGGGGACGCUUGUUGUAGCGGGCGGCGUGCGGUCGGACACAGAAUGUUCUAUGGAAACAACCUUUGUGUAUCGAACAUCUACAAAUCAAUGGUCGAUAGCCGCUCCAAUGCGGACCCCACGGUCAUUUUUCGACGCUGGAAAUAUCAACGGAAAGAUCUUGGCCGUCGGAGGCGGCAAGGAUCACUAUGGCAGCUCGAUCACGGCCGUGGACUGUUACGACCCUAAAAAAGACACGUGGGAGGCAUAUGCCCCUCUGCCAGGUGGACUGGCCAAGUAUGAUUCCAAUGUGGUGGGCAACAAGAUGUACGUGACCGAGGGGUGGACGUGGCCGUUUAUGUACUCGCCACGUGGCGUGGUCUACGACCCUGACGAUAACACGUGGCAAGAGAUGAGGCCGGGAAUGAGGGACGGGUGGACGGGCGUGAGCGUGGUCGUGGGUGGCAGGCUGUUGGUGAUAUCGGAGUACGGGGACUGUCCGAUGAAGGCGUACGACCCUGAUAAGGACACGUGGCGGUACGUGGGUGGGGACAGGUUCCCAUGUGAGGCACUGAGACGCCCCUUUGCUGCGAGCGGGGUAGAAGGGAACAUAUAUGUGGUGGCAUGUGGGUUGAACGUGGGCGUAGGAAGGCUGUCCGAGUGUGAAGCAGAGCUAAAAGUUGAGUGGCAGCUCCUGCCAGCUCCAAGUGCUUUUAGGGGUUUUUCUCCUUCUAGUUGUCAAGUGCUUCUUGCCUAAAUUAUUGAGUUGUUGUUCAAUUAUAUCUGCUUUUGGCUUUGUUAGGCAAUUUCUCAAUUAAACUUGUGGGCAAAUCCAACUUUUCUAAAAUUGUUUGGUUAGAAUAUUGUUCUA